UUCUGCAAUACUGAAUGUCUCAGACAUUGAUGCCUUUUUCUUCUUCCAUAUGUAAAUGGUUCUCUGCCACUGGAUUAUUUCUUCCUUUUAUGGACAUGAAGCUAUCAGCCAGAAAGGGAGAGGCUCUGCAGUCUAGGUAGAGAGAUUAUAUAUGGGUUUUGCAGGAUUUUCAGACCCCAGGAAGAGGAGCUGUUAUUCUGGGCUAGUAGCCCACCUCAUAUAGUAGUACAAGUACUCUAUCAGAUUGAUUUGAGAGAGAGAGAGAGAGAGAGUUGUCUUGUGUUGAUAGGUAAGAUAUAACACAGAAGAAGAGAGAGAGAGAAAAACAGAUUAGAGAUAAGAUUUUCAAGUGAGAAAGAAAUAUUGUACCUGUGAUUUUAGCCAAUUGACAAGAAACCAGAAUCACUUGCUCGUAAAGUAACAUCUCUCUACCAAUACAAAGAUAGGAAGGGCAGAGAAAACCAAGAAAUCCAGGUUCUGGCUUGAUUUUUGGGAAAUGGAAAUUUUUUUGGCUUGCCUUUCUCACCUUCUUUAUAUAUAUCCCAACAAUCAUGCAUGACCUCUUAAAGUGAUCAACUCUCUCUGUCUCUCUCUCUCACUUACUCAUUGCUAUCAUAAUCACCAUCAUCACUUGAACAUUGAAGAAUGAAGAGAAGGUUUUGUUGUUUUAUUAUAGCUCUGCAAAUAGUGAGCUGGGCUUCUGCAACAAGCAGGCCUUUUCCACCAAAUGAUAGUCUUGGUGCUCCUCAAUCAGGGCCAGACCAGGGCUCUGAGUCUUCAAAUGUUUCCUUGGACAAAGAAGAGGGUCUCAAAAGCAUGAAAGGAGAGGAAAAUACGAGCAAAGAAGCAAUGUACAAAACAAGCAAUAUAGGGUCAGCUCCACCAAGCUGUGAGCACAAGUGUUAUGGGUGCAUUCCAUGUGAAGCCAUUCAAGUACCCACCACCUUUAGACACAGCCAUGUGGGUAUCCAAUAUGCAAACUAUGAGCCUGAGGGUUGGAAAUGCAAAUGUGGUCCUUUCUUAUACAGUCCAUAAAGGCUUGAAGAAUACCAUUAGACAUUUGACUACAACAGCUCUCAUUUCUCUUCAUGUACUAAAUAUGUUUUCUCAUUGUACAAAAGCCAAAUUCAAAUUGGCUCCCAAAAAAAAAAAACUUUGUUCGGAUUAUGUUCAUGAUUGAAGUAGGAAAAGAGAAAGUUUUGACCAAGGAAAUGCCUUUUGCUAUAUAUUAUUGUGAACCGGAAUAGUUGGAUAACCCUUUUAUUUGGAAUGCGAAU